AUGCGUCGAUGGAUUUCUCUUGGCGGAUGGCACGGUCCUUCACUGGUGCUCUCCAAGCUUGGUUUGCGGACACCAGAGGAGAGUCUUCCCUUUGACAUGGUCCGCUGCACUUUCGACGGCCUUAUUAAACUGGUUGAGGAGGGUUUCGACGAGGAGUUCUUCCCGGGUGCUCUGGAAGAACGCCCGUUUACCCCAGACCCCGUCUCCACGUGGCUGCUAUUUCGAGGUAAGCACACCUGCUUCACGCAUACGGACUUGAACAAUGAUGAUGUUAUGGCGGCUUUCCAGGCUCAAAUUGAAGCCUGGCAAGCAUUAUUCUUGUCAUCCUCGGCGUCGGAAAGAGAGAUGGAUCAGGAUUCCGUAGCGUCUCGACGUCCUAUUACUUUUCUGCGAACUAUUAUCGCAGAGGACCCGCAGGAUGAGUUGGAUCUCGUGCCCGCCUUUAACGAGGCUAUCCUGCGCAAAACCAAUGGCACGCUGCCCUUCCGCACGGUGAUGGUAAUGCAUGAGCAGGGUCCGACCACGCAGCCACUGUUCAUUAUCUCAUCACCAAAUCCAUUGCACUCGAUUCAAGCACCUUGCAUUGUGUGGAAUUUGAAGCGCGAACGUCAGGCGGCCGAGCCUCCCUCUCAUUUUACCACCCCAAUCGGCAACGAAGUGGCCACGGACGGAGCUCAGCCGCGUACCUUGUUUGAUGAAUGCCAUCAUGGUUAUCAAACGAUCAUUACCACAAUGUCGAAGGAAUCCAAAUGGCAGCAGUUCACCUCAACGCUGCCUAGCUUUCCUCAGUUUGCCCAAGCUCUGCGUGAUCGCGACAGGCGUCGGGGCCUUUCUCCCCCUACCUCUUCUUCCUCGUCGUGUUCUUCUGGACCCUCAUCGUCGGCGGGGUCGCUUUUCACGCCUUACACCGAGCUCAGCAGAAUAGAGGGGGUUCCCAUCGUACGUGGAUCCUGCCGAGGCGUCGGAUCGACAAAGUACACCGCCACGUGCGCGUUUUGUGGCGCCUCGGACGGUCACCCCGUCGAGGGCAUCGCGGCAGAUGGCGGCAGACCGUGGCAGGCUGCGGAGCGCGAUGCGCUGCUCCUCUCGUACGCGAUGAGUGGUGGUGAUGAGGUGGCAGCGGUGGAGCGGAUCGCAGUGGAACAGCGGCGCGGGGCACGCGAAACGCUCCGUGAACUUCGUGAGCUUCUAGGUUACACGGAGGAGCACCCCUUGCUGGGUUGA